AUGGCUACGGAAGAGCCCCAUGCGGUUCCCGCCGCGGGGCCUCAAGACGGCGUUCCGGAUCUUCAAAGCAGCGACUCCGCGAGCACCGCAGAAGCAGUCGCUGCAGCAGCUGCUGCUGCAGCUGCUGCCGCUCAUCUAGCUGUAGCCACAAACUCGAGCGACGGGGGAUAUCAGGCCCAGCCGUUUACGACUCUCUUUUUUAUUGACUUCUCUUUCCUGAGAGCCGGCAAUAUCACGGAGGUCGUUGAGAUCGCAUGGGUGGUGUUUGAUGUGGCUACCCGACAGUCUCUAGAGGAAGUGUCUCUUCUUGUCCGGCCCGAGCAGCUCUUGGCGCCGGCUGAGGUUCUCACGAAGCUUGGAGUCACGCAGGAGCAGCUUUUUGCCGCAUCGACUCUAAGUGAAGUCAUUCAAAAGCUGGAUACGGCAAUAUUCCAGCGGAGCCAAGACGGUGUAAAUCCCGCAGUGCUUUGCGUCUAUGAACCCGAGAAGUUAAAGGAUUUCCGCACAUGUGCAGCUGCCCGGCAAGUGACUCUCUAUCCGCACUUCGCGCAGGCUGUGGUUUUGAAACGCGUCAUCCAGCAGUUUCUGAACAGUAAGUUUUCACAAAGGAAGGGAAGGCUCUCUACAUGCAAGGCAAAUCAGCUGUCAGGGGGCUUGCGCCUUCGAUCUGGCGGCUGA